UUGAAUUUCAUAGUUUUGCAAGUCACUAUCAAUUUUGGUUUACAAUCCUUGUUAUUGAUGAUUAUGGGUAUGACGAUGUACCUUCGAAACGUGUUGUAUCACAACUCCAUAGGAAAGUCUGGUAUCUUUCAUACUUGUAAAAAGUUUCUUCCAUUUGGGGAAGGAUCAGAAUCCUUAAGAAAGGCACCCCCUGUUCCUACCUUGAAGUUUUUUCCAAUAUGGAAUGGUUCUUCUUCUUGUAGAAAUAUGGCUACUUUUGAACGAAAGAAGCCCCAUAUCAAUGUCGGUACUAUAGGUCACGUCGAUCACGGUAAAACGACUCUUACUGCGGCUAUUACCAAAGUUUUGUCAGAGUCUGGAGCGGGAGGGAAGUUUAUGGACUAUGAUCAGAUUGAUAAGGCACCGGAAGAGAAAGCGAGAGGAAUUACCAUUGCUUCUUCUGUUGUGGAAUAUGAAACUGCAAAGCGUCACUAUGCACACGUGGAUUGUCCUGGUCAUGCGGACUAUGUGAAGAAUAUGAUCACCGGAGCAGCUAUGAUGGAUGGCGCUAUUCUUGUUGUCUCUGCAGCUGACGGUCCUAUGCCACAAACUAGAGAACAUAUUUUAUUGGCACGACAAGUAGGUGUUCCUCAUAUUGUAGUCUACUUGAACAAAUGUGAUUUGGUUUCCGACCCUGAAUUGGUGGAAUUGGUAGAAAUGGAAGUGAGAGAGUUGCUAAGUUUUUAUGAUUUUAAAGGAGAGGAAGCCCCCAUUAUUAGGGGUUCUGCGUUGUUAGCUUUAAAAGGAGAAGACUCUGAUAAUCUAGGUGCCAAGUCCAUUAUCCAGUUGAUGGAUGCUGUGGAUGAGACUAUUCCUGAACCUGUUCGUGCACUAGACAAACCGUUCCUUUUAAGUAUUGAAGAAACUUUUUCCAUUCAAGGAAGAGGAACCGUAGUUACUGGAAGAGUUGAACAAGGUGUUAUUAAAGUUGGAGAUGAAGUGGAAAUUGUUGGUCUUCGUAAGGAACCUAUGAAAACGACUGUGAUUGGAGUGGAAACAUUUAAAAAGUCUUUGGAUCGUGGUCAAGCAGGUGAUAAUGUUGGUUGUUUAUUACGUGGAGUGAAGCGCGAAGAUGUGAGACGAGGUCAAAUCUUAUGCAAACCAGGUUCCAUCAAACCACAUAAAAAGUUUGAAGCCCAAAUGUAUGUUUUAAAGAAAGAAGAAGGAGGUCGCCAUACCGCAUUCUUUUCCAAGUAUCGACCUCAAUUCUUCUUUCGGACAGCUGAUGUAACAGGUACAGUUACACUUCCUACUGGAGUGGAAAUGGCUAUGCCUGGAGAUAAUCUUACGAGUGUUACUGAGUUAUUUGAGCCCGUAGCUAUGGAAGAAGGUCUUCGAUUUGCUGUGAGAGAAGGAGGGAGAACAGUAGGAGCUGGAGUUGUAUCCAAAGUUUUAGAUUAGUUGAGAAAUAUUUUGCAAAAGUUACAUCUAAAUAUGUACCAGUCGCCGGAUUAGAAUAGUUCUCAGUUACUGCGUUUCAAAUAAAAAGGACUCUGCUAGUGACUUUUUCUCAAAAGGCACAACUGAAAUACAACUACUCUUUCUUUCACUCUCAGGAAAGGUUCUUCUCACAUUUUUUUGAAGAGGCUGCACUAUACUGGUUAUUCUAUCCUUUCGUCUCGUUUGACAUCGUCCACAAGUAGCAACCAACCAUAAUCCUUUGUUUCUUUUCUUAGGAUUCUUGUUCUUUCUUCUCUUCACUUUAUACAAUCGAACACAACUAUGGCAUUUGGAUAAAAGCAAGUGACAACACUUGGAGCAGUGAAAACGUUCCAUCUUGGAACGACCCGUCACUUGAGAGAUAUCCAACAGUUGUUUGCUUUGAUACAUCAAAAAGUGAGCUACACUUGGUGAGUUGUUGGC